AUGGCAGACGGUCCGCAUGAAACCACCGCAUUAAUUCAUAAUAACACACCAGCCAAAAUCAGAAAUGGAAGGCUCUUCCUUGCAGUGUUUUCUGCAGUUCUGGGCAAUUUUAAUUUUGGGUUUGCCUUGGUAUUUCCUUCCCCUGUGAUCCCACAGCUUAAAAAGGGCGACGACCCUCGGCUGCAAAUGGACAUCCAUCAGAUAUCAUGGUUUGGGUCAAUUUUCACCCUAGGAGCAGCUCUGGGGGGUCUUGGUGCCAUGCUGUUGAAUGACAGAGUUGGGAGAAAACUAAGCAUCAUGCUGUCAGGGGUGCCAUCUGUUGCAGGUCUCCUUGUGAUGGGGGCCGCACAAAACUUUUGGAUGUUAUUAUGGGGCAGAUUUCUGACUGGCUUAGCUGGUGGAAUGACUGCUGCUUCAAUUCCUGUAUAUGUUUCAGAGAUUUCACACCCAUCUGUGAGGGGUGCGCUGGGUUCAUGUCCUCAGAUUACGGCUGUCUUUGGAAGUCUAGCCCUCUACGCUCUUGGCUUGGUUCUGCCGUGGAGGUGGCUGGCUGUGGCUGGGGAAAUUCCUGUUGUGAUCAUGAUGAUUUUGCUAUGCUUCAUGCCGACAUCCCCACGUUAUCUCAUCAUGAAAGGAAACAAAACAAAAGCAGUUAAAUCGCUUGAAUGGCUCAGGGGGACCAAUUCUGAUUACUUGAUUGAGUUCAACAAGAUUGAGCGAAGUAUUAAUUCUCAGCGCAUGCAAUGGAGUGAUCUUAGAACACCUUUAUACUAUAAACCAAUCCUAAUCUCAGUCUUCAUGAGAUUCCUGCAGCAGAUGACUGGUAUAACCCCAAUUCUGGUAUAUCUGGAACCCAUCUUCCACAUGACAGCUAUAUCACUGGAACCAAAAUAUGAUGCUGUAUUAGUGGGAGUUGUAAGAUUGAUUUCUGUUGCUAUUGCAGCCAGUUUGAUGGACAAAGCAGGUCGAAAAGCUCUCCUCUUCACAUCAGGGUUUUUGAUGUAUCUGGCCAUGCUCACAAUGACCAUGUACACCCACAAAACACCAUGCAACCAAGGCAAUCUAACCUUAACAGAGGGCAUGAGUGGCGCCUGUGGAGCCUCAAUGGGCCCUGCCUUCGAUCCAGUUACUCUAAUCCCUCUCAUCAGCACUAUGGUCAUUAUAUUUGGUUAUGCUUUGGGUUGGGGUCCAAUCACAUGGCUGCUAAUGUCUGAGAUUUUGCCUUUGGGUGCACGUGGAGUUGCAUCUGGUUUGUGCGUUGGUGUUAGCUGGGUCACAGCCUUUGUUCUGACACAGCUCUUCAUGCAUGUGGUGGAUGCAUAUGGACUCUUUGUACCUUUCCUGUUCUUCUGUGUCGUCUCGGUAGUGAACAUAAUUUUUACUGCAAAAUGUGUGCCAGAAACCAAAGGCCGAACUCUGGAGGAGAUUGAGAACUAUUUCAGGACUGGACGGAGCUUCACCAUUCAUGAUCCUUAA